CUAAACGUGUCUUUACGAAUAUCAUGGCUGCGCUACAAACAUUUGUUUUGGUGUUUUUUUCCGUUAUUUCUCCAGGCUUAGCAGAUAAGGUACUUUCACUAAAUGAUGUUGAGUUUGAAGACAAAGUUUUUGGAUCGUCCACGCAUUUUGUGAUGUUUUACGGCCCAUGGUGUGAGUACUGUAUGAGUUUCAUGCCGAUCUGGAAUCAGUUAGCCAAUCACUACAGUAGAAUCCCUCACAGUGAACUUGUAACAAUAGCUAAGGUUGAUUGUACAAAAGAGACUCCACUUUGUGCAAGGCAGAAUAUCCGAGCAUAUCCUACGUUAAAACUUUACUAUGAUCAUGGUGAAAUAAAGAGAUACAAUGGAAAAAGGAGAAUGGGUGAACUAAAAGCCUUUGUUGACAAGUUUGCUAUCACAUCAGAGCAAAAAGAAAAGGAAAACUCAGAGGCUACAGGUGAAUCAGAUAAUGGUUUAUACAUACUGACAUCAGAGAAUUUUGAUAGACACGUGGAAUUGGGACUACAUUUUGUAAAGUUCUAUGCCCCAUGGUGUAGCCACUGUCGCAAACUUGCACCCACUUGGAAUGCUCUAGCAGAGUACCACAAAGAUAGUGUGGAUGUGACAGUUGCAAAGAUUGAUUGCACAACUGAAAGCAAGACAUGUACUGAACACAAUAUCCAUGCAUAUCCUUCAUUGAAGUUGUUCAAAGAUGGAAGAGAGGUGGACAGUUAUGAAGGACCACGUUCACUUGAUGAUCUGAAGAACUACCUGACUCUAAAGAUCUCUGAGCACAGUCUGUUAAGCAGUGCAAUCACAGAAAACAGUGAGACUGCUGAGGAGAUUCCAUCAGAUGAUGUGGAGGCUGACAUGAUUAAGCCAUUCCAACUGACAGACAGUAACUUUGAUGCCAUGGUCAGUGUGGGCACAACUUUCAUCAAAUUUUAUGUGCCGUGGUGCGUCCACUGUCAGACACUUUCACCAAUCUGGGAUCAGUUGGCAAACAAGUGCGCAGACAGUGCCUCUGGACCUCGAAUUGCUAAGGUUGAUUGCUCGGAAGAAGCUGAUCUUUGUCAGAGUUUUGGGAUCAAGGGGUAUCCCACCCUUAUCGUAUUUAGCAGAGGCGUUCGGAAGCAAGAGUACCGUGGGCCCAGAGAUUUGAACAGUCUCUACAACUUUGCUGUCCAACACCACGAGGAACUGUAACUGGGAUGCUCUGACCAAUCAUGGAUUGGAAUUGCUAUUGAUUGGGUCAAUCAUCCAUAGGGACAGCCAUUUAUUGGGCCAAUCAUGCUUUAGGAUGGAAUGCAUGCAUCUUUUCUGAGCCAAUCACAUGAAAGAAGAUAAUAAAAAAAUGACAGACAACUGAAAACGUCAAUUAACAGUGGUUUGUUGUAUGGGAAAUCUCAUUUGGCGAGGUGCUCCGUGAAGAGACAUGCUUUUCUAAAGAAUUUUUAGGGUCUGAAUAAUUUUUCACUGCCAUUUUUACGCUAGAGAUUAGUAAAUAACAAGAAAAGGAAGUUGUAUAUACAAAGAAGUAGUGAAAAAUAAUUUAUGGAAAGGCUCUAAGAAGCUUUUGCCGUUAAAAAAGAAUGACUUAUUUAUGAAAAUCUACGUAGUUAGGUCUUUAAGAAGUAAACUAAUAAACGUGUAUCAUAUGUUUAAGUUGCUUGAA